AGGGGCGGGGGUAGGGGAGAGCCGCGGCGGACAGCAGCACAGCGCAGAGCCAACCUACCUUCAUGCUUAUUGUGUAAAUCUUUAAAAAGCAAUUAGCCGCAGCAUCAUCUUAACCUUCCCUCACCGGCUCGUUUAAAAUCCACAUUUCUGAACGGAGGACCCUCCUUCCACCUCACAGGCGCAGGAAAAGCACGCAGCCUGAACCAUGACCGACAGGAAAGCGGUGAUCAAGAACGCGGACAUGUCCGAGGACAUGCAGCAGGACGCCGUGGACUGUGCCACCCAGGCCAUGGAGAAGUACAACAUAGAGAAGGACAUUGCUGCCUACAUCAAGAAGGAGUUCGACAAGAAGUACAACCCCACCUGGCACUGCAUCGUUGGGAGGAACUUUGGCAGCUACGUCACCCAUGAGACGAAGCAUUUUAUUUACUUUUACCUGGGCCAGGUGGCCAUCUUGCUCUUCAAGUCCGGCUGAGUUUCUGAUGUGUGUCGAGGAGUUUUUCUCCCUGAACCUACAUUGGAAAUGCACUGGUGGCUGAUGUCUCCCAUAACACUUAUGACAUACCAUAACGAUGCAAAAUCCGCCGUGCGCAAACUGCAUGGACUAUAACACUUAUAUAAUAUGUAUGUUACAGUAAGUUUACUUUUCGAUAGUUGCCAUUCGAAUGCAACUUGAAGUAGUUUUUGUUGAUUCUAGGUUGUGAGAGAUUUCAAUGUGGCCCUUGAUUGUACUAUACAGGAAAGCUGUAGAAUGUAGUGGUUCAUCUGCUUUCCUUCAUCACGUGGCAUCGCCAGACCCCCAUUAUGAGAAACUCGUGUUUUAAAUCGUGACGUUAAACCUUGUGCACGACGAUUCAUCUUAAAAAAAAGAUAUGUAAGUGUGAUCAUGGAAAAAAAUUGAACAAGGUAAAGAGAAAAAAAGAAAAGGUAAAAUGUAGGAAAUUAUGUCAUCCCUACCGCACGGGAAAUGAGAUCUGUUUGUUUUUUUUGGGCGGGGGGGCAGUUUGAUUUUAUUUCAAUAUUCGAUCAAUCUCCAGCCGACGGUGAAACUUUAGCAGCCGCGUUCAGAAAAGAUGUCACAUUGCCGAGCACACUUUACACUCUGGAGGAGUGAGUGCAGGCAUUUCCAGAGAGGUUUAGUUUGUCAAAUCGUAAACUUUCACUGUGAAGGAUGGAGCAUUUAGGGCUCGCACAAGCAGACCUUAGCCUGUAACGUCCGCGUUCUAAGACUACAGACUGGUUACCAGAAUUCACCUACCUAGAUCUUAUUCAUGAUUCUGUGUUACUGCAUGUUUGGGAGGUUUUUACUGUUUCAAAAACUCUGCGCAAAUCUGUUCUCUGAGGCAAAUAAUAAGCUUCUUUUGUUUGUUUCUUCUCUCCAGUACGUGGAUGUUGGACGUCGCUAACAUGCGUCUUGUCCCAGUUAUUGCGAUACAGUCGGAUUAGAUGAACAAAUGAGGUUAAAUUUUAACGAGGCUACCACCACCCAUGCGUUUCAGAUAGUUGUGUUGUCUCAUGUGGCUUGUGAUACCUUUAAAGUUUGCAGCACCUUAAGUUUUAGUUUUAGUGGCCAGUGUCUUGCCGGACAAAUCAUUUUAAAUGUCAACUCCUUAAAAAAAAAAAAAAAAAUUGCCAGAUAGGUUAAUCUGUUACCCUUUCCAUUACAACGUUUAGGUUUUUAGUUUUGUAAUAUCAGUAUAAAUAAUUUAAAAAAAAAAGAGAAAAAAGCAAUGCACAGUUUUUGAAUUGAGGACUUUUAGACUGGACAGAUUGAAGGGGUUUUAGUUUGUGGGGGCGGGUAACACAACACAUUUCUCGCUGUGCAUAACGACUGAAUGUUUACUAAGUUAUUGUUUCCCAUUUGUCAGUUGUGGGUGAAAUGUUUAAUCAAAGUCUUACCUUGGAUUGAUUUUUAAUUAUUUUUUUUUUUGUCAUGGAACGUCUUCCUAACUGUUGUCAAUGUAAACUGAUUUAGCGUUGUUUUUCCUCUGGCAUGUAUUCUUUGCGAUGUAUGUGUAGGAGCCGUUCUGAUGCUGUUACAUUUGCACAAAACUUGUGCCUGUCAUUGCUCUCAACUGUAACUGGCUUGAGUACAAUUGCACUUCAUUAGAUUUAUCCAGUAGGUUGCUACAGAACCAAAACUGUAUAAACCGGAUAAAAUAAAAAAAUCAUUGUUGACUUUUA